AUGUUGACUUCAGAGCAGACUUUCGAUUAUACACGUGUUCUGGAUUUCCGACAAGCUACCCAAAAACCUGCAAGUGAUAGGGCGAACGUUUUCCACACCUACCUCGUCUUGCGUGCAAACAAAAUUCCAGCGGAGAAUAUAAUCACCUUCGCCUACGACGAUAUUGCAAACAAUCCUAAAAAUCCGUUUCCAGGUCAAGUGUUCAAUGACUACGAGCUAGAAAAUGUUUACAAGGAUGUGGUAAUUGACUACCGUAGAAAA